UUGAGUGAUUAUGUCCCAUUAAGGGAGGGCGUUCAAAAGAUCGGAACACUUGUACCUUUGUGUAGACUGUAGAGUGCUGCCACACCUUUCCAUGAGAGAUAUAUAAUGCUUUCAGCAGCGCAAGUAUUGCUAUAAUAGUCCUUGUUUAGUUAGUGUUUGAUGUUGAACUUCUAAGAAAAAAAAAAAAAACAUGCUGAAGGCUAAAGAUUUCCACGUGUCAGACACGCUUGGAUUCGUUUUGGAGGAGCCGCUGAGUACACCUGUUUAAGUCGCAUAAUGAUGAAUCCUAGUAUCUUCUGCCACUGAUAAUAGGCAAGGCACUGAUGGUCUUCUUGCUGUUUCGAUUACAGAGUGCAGACUGAAACUAAGCCAUGUCACAGUUUGGGAAUUUCUGCCAGAAUACUUUUCAUCAUGGAAUCUACUGGCCAAAAAUAUGCCGAGCCUUGUCCAAGGCAACAGGAUGAGACAUGAGGUUGAUAAGAUGCCUUUGUUGGACCACCAGCAUUUACAAGGGCACAGGCAGAAGCGACUCGCCCAUUUACAACUUACAAUCAUUGCAUCAGGAUAUGUAUGGCAACAUGGUGACAAAGAUGCUAGCAAGUCCAUCCCAAAAAGCAUUGCAGUGCCUUUAUACUACUUGUCUGAAGAACUGGGUCUGCCACCAAUCGUAUGUCAUCCAAGCUUAGCAUUAGCUAACUGGGCUCCACUUUUCCCAGACAGACCCUUAUGUUUGGAAAAUCUUCGCUGUCUCUACACGUUACCAGGUGGAGCAGAGGCUGAAUGGUUCUUCCUGACUACAGUCAUGGUAGAGCUAACUUUUGGCAAGUGUAUUCAGUCCAUCUUGUCUGUAGUGACUAGCACUAAAGAGGAGAAUGAAGGCCAAGCUAUCCAGGGUUUAAGCCAUAUAGCUGAUGUGGUGAAGCAAAUGGAGGAAGUCUUGUCACACAUGCAUGAUAAACUUACUUCUGGCACAUUCUUCAAUGUACUCAGACCUUACCUUGGUGGAUAUGGUGGAGAAAGCAGUCCUUUACCUGAAGGAGUAGUUUUUGAAGGCAUCUCUGACCAGCCAAUAAAGGCUUUUGGUGGAAGUGCAGCUCAGAGUGCCACUUUGCAAGUUCUGGAUGCUCUUUUAGGCAUACAGCAUACAGAUGGUGAGAAAAGCUUCUUAAUGACAAUGCGGACAUACAUGCCUCCCUCCCAUAGGCAGUUUGUGGAAGCUAUUGAAAAUAAAUCCCAUUCUGUGCGAAAAUUCGUUGAGUGCAGCAAUAACAGUGAUCUUCAUAAAGCCUACAACACUUGUCUUUCCGCUGUCGCCAGAUUCCGAAGCUACCAUAUCCAAAUUGUCACCAAGUACAUCAUUCAGGCCCGUGCCAACAAGACUACAGGGAAAAGGUUUGAGAGCCUGGACAACAAAGGAACAGGGGGCACAAACCUCAUGCCUUUCUUAAAGACCCUGAGACAAGACACAAUGGCGAAACUAGUUCCCAGUGACAAUACACAAAAUGGAAAGAGUGCUGAUAACUGAUUUCAUUUUGUGGUUUUCAUAUGCUAUGUAAAUUCUUAUGUCUAAGGAAAAUAGCUGUUACCUGAAAUAAUAAAUCCUAGGGCUAGAUGUGACGAUAAACUGCAUGUCACUCAAUAUUUUUUUAUUUGCAUUUAUCAUUGCUAUAUAGAUUAUCAGGUUUUUAAAAAAUAUUUCUUAUAUGUUGUUUUGAAAACUCUUGUGAUAAGUUUUCUCCCUCUACAAGAGCAUAAAGAUUUCAAAGACCUGUCAUAAAAAGCAUUUUAAAGUAAUUAAAGGCACAAGUUUUUACAAUGACAAGUUUUUUUAAGAUUCAUUAUGUUGUUUUGAUUACUCUUGUGAUAUGUUUUCCUAACUCUUCAAAUAAAUUUUACAGAAGACGUUUACUUGGGAUGGGUCUAUAAAAUGGUAACUUAUUUGAUCUGUUCAUAAUAAAAAUAGCAUUGAAACAAA